AUGGCUACCCCUAGUGUCCUCGCUUUUGACGCCGAGGGUCAAGCCAUUGACUUUGACGUCUGGGUAGAUGACCUGCAGCUGUUCUUACAGUGCGAUAGGGCACACGGUCUCUCCCUCUUUGACCUCACCUCUGGUGCCUCUCCUGCUCCUGCUGCUGAUGGUGACGCCACUGUUCGCUCACAGUGGGCCACGCGCGAUGCUGCUGCACGUCUUGCUGUGCGUCGCCACCUCCCUACCUCUGAGCGUGCGCACUUUAGUCAGUACAAGAGUGCUCAGACCUUGUACCACGCUGUAGUUGCACGCUACUCCUCCCCUGCCACUGCUGCUUUGAGCCGUCUCAUGCUACCGCACCUCUUCCAUGACCUUGCUGCCUUUCCCACAGUCGCUGACCUCAUUACGCACCUCCGCACUAGUGACACUCGCUACCGCGCUGCGCUUCCAGCUGACUUCUGCGCCAAGAACCCCCCCCCCCAUCGGCCGACCUCCUUGGUCUUGAGUCGGUCGGUGCGGCGUCUGCCUCUAGCAGGAGACGCCGCUCUGGCAAAGGCAAGGGGGGCACGGGCACUGGAGGAGCGAGCGGGGGUGGUGGAGGUGGAGGUGGAGGCGGCGGGGGGAGUGGGGGUGGCGGUGGGAGUGGAGGUGGGGGUGGAGGUGUCGGUGGCGGCAGUGGAGGCGGAGGCGGCGGCGGCGGUGGCGGGUGGGAGCGGAGGUGGCGGAGGUGGUGGCGGUGGAGGAGGCGGCGGAGGCGGCGGUAGUAGCGGAGGCGGUGGAGGCGGCGGAGGCGGUGGAGGCGGCGGAGGCGGCGGGGGUGGCGGUGGAGCUGGUCACGGGUCUACGCAGAGGAGUGGCUCCGGUGGUGGUCCGCGCCAGCAGCAGCAGCGCGGUCGUGAGACCCUGUCCCCCCAGCAGCUCCAUGAGUGGUACACUGCACGCCAGCGGGGUGGGGGUUUUGGUCCGUGCACCUACGUCCUGCGCACCGGCGACCGUGCGGGUGAGGAGUGUGGGGGUGCGCACCCCACCCAGCGCUGCUUUGGCCGCCUGACGGACGCGUGGCGUCACCAGUUCCCGGAGGCCACAGAGAUCCCUCGCUGGGGCGAGCUGUCUAGGGCGGGAGUUGCCAUCUAUGAUCUUGAUUUUGAUGCUAUCCUUUCUGCCAUGUAUGCUGUGUCUAUUAGUGAUGAGGGUGACUGUUACCGGUGUUUCCCGCCUGAUUCGGGCAUUGAGACUGCUGCUCUAGGUACUGGUGAGUCUGCGCUCUCAGGUACUGCGUCGGCUUCGGCCUCCCUCACCUUCACCCUUGACUCUGGGGCUUCUCGCUCCUUCUUUCGGGACCGCACCACACUCACGCCGCUUAGUCGGCCAGUUGCGAUGUCUCUGGCUGACCCCUCUGGGGGUCUUGUCCUGUCUCACUUCUCCACAGUCCUCCCGUGUCCGACGGCUCCCUCUGGCACGCUGUCUGGUCUCUACCUCCCCUCGUUUUGUACAAACCUGGUGAGUGGUGCUGACCUACAGGAUGGGGGAGUACACCGGUUCAGUCCUGUGCGUCAGCGGGUGACGCACUACACAGAGGCUAGCACAGGCCGACACCAAGCUACGUUUACCCGUCAGCCGGGGUCAAGCCUGUACACACUGACCACUGCGUCUCCUCCAGUUGUUGAGUCUCGUAGGGUAGCUGCGUCGGGUAAGGUGUUUGGUGCAGCAUCCACGUCUGGUCCUGAGUCUGCCCCCUGUUCGUGUCGUCUCCUGUCUCACGAGACUCUUCUCUGGCAGCAUUGCCUUGGUCACCCCUCUCUGCUUCGGCUCAGAGGCAUGGCCUCCCGUCUUCUUGUUUCUGGUCUCCCCCGGUCCCUCCCUCCCCUUCCUCAGGGCCCUGGCCCUACCUGUGUCCCCUGUGUCGAGGGGCGCCAGCGGGCUGCCCCUCACUCCUCCCAGUUUCCUCCGACAGAGGCCCCGCUGCAGACGCUUCACAUGGACGUGUGGGGCCCAGCCCGCGUCCGUGGACAGGGUCACGAGCGCUUCUUCCUGCUUGUUGUUGACGACUACUCGCGUAACACCGCGGUCUUCCCCUUGCGCAGCAAGGGUGAUGUCACUGAGGUGCUGAUCGACUGGAUCUGCGCACCUCUUCUCCAGCUCAGGCAGAGCUUUGGCUCGGACUUUCCUGUUCUGCGUCUGCACUCGGACAGAGGCGGAGAGUUUUCCUCUGGCCUUCUGAGAGCCUACUGUCACGCACGAGGCAUCCGUCAGACCUUCACGCUUGAGGACUCCCCGCAGCAAAAUGGGAUUGCUGAGCGCCGCAUUGGCAUGGUCAUGGACGUCGCUCGUACGUAUAUGAUGCAUGCGGCUGCUCCCCAUAUUCUGUGGCCGUUUGCGGUGAGGUACGCGGCACAUCAGAUCAACCUCCACCCCAGGGUCUCCAGGCCGGAGACCUCCCCAGCCUUGCUGUGGACAGGGAAGGUUGGCGAUGCGUCGGCGUUCCGGGUCUGGGGAUCUCGGGCGUUUGUUCGCAACUUCUCUACGGACAAGCUUUCCCCUCGUGCUGCUCCUUGCGUCUUCCUUGGGUUCCCCCCUGACGCGCCUGGGUGGCAGUUCUACCACCCCACCUCUCGCCGUGUUCUUUCCUCCCAGGACGUCACUUUUGACGAGUCGGUCCCCUACUACCGCCUCUUCCCCUACCGCACUCCGUCCCUCCCCCCCCCUCGCUCUUCCUUGUACCAGGUAGACGGAGUCGAGCCUGUCGAGGUUACUGGUGACUCUGGUGCUGCUGAGGGUGCUGAGCCUAGGGGUGCUGAGCCUAGGGGUGCUGAGACUGGGGGUGCUGAGCCUGGGGGUGCUGAAACUUGGGGUGCUGAGCCUGGGGGUGCUGAGCUUGGGGGUGCUGAGCUUGGGGGUGCUGUGCCUGGGGGUGCUACGCCUGGGGGUGCUGUACCUGGGAGUGCUACACCUGGGGGUGUUGAGCCUGGGGGUGCUGAGCUUGGAGGGCUGCGCGAGUGGUUUGACCGGCGCUGGAGCCGUGAUGCUGGUGCUGGAGGUUCUUCAGCUACUGUGGGUGCUGCUGACGCGGGUCCCGAAGGUGCUCGUACUGGGAGUACUGGAGCUGAUGUGCCUGCAGGUUCGACUGGAGCUGGUGCUGCUGAGGGUGUUGGCGCUGAGACUACCAAUUGCGGUCCUACUGGGGGUACUUCUGUGCUGCUGGAGGUUCUGGAGCUACUGGAGGUGCUGCUAGAGCAGGUGCUCCUGCAGGGGGCACUAGGGUUACAGUUGCAGCCUACCUCCCCUUUGCCUGCUCCUUCUCCCUACACUGGUCCUACUGGAGGUCUUGCUGAGCGUCGUGAGCCUGCGUCUCGCCCUACGUCGCCUGUCCGUCCUGCUCGCGAUAGUGGUCGUGGUUCGCGUCAGCGUCCUCCUCCUGUCCCUGGCACGCACCGGAUGUCUCUGCGUCCGUCCACUGCUUCUCUGCGUGCCCCUUUGCCUUCUCCUCCUGAGUCCUCUCUUCCUGCUCUUGCCGACCCGGAGUCAGACUCUCUUCGUGCUGCCAUUCCUACUGUCACGCGUCUCCUGGCUACUAUCGUCACUGACCCUUCUUUUGAGUCCACUGCUGCGUCUGCUCUAGUUGCUGAGCUCGUCGACUUUGCUUCUCGCUGUCGCCUAGACUACGCUGCUAGAAUUGUCGCUGAGUCUGAGUCUGUCUGUCCUCUGUCCGUCGAGGGUGAGUGUGCCCUUGGCACGGAAGUCGUUGAGGACACGCAGGAGGAGUUCCACUGUCUGGCUACUGCUUCACCUCAUCUCGUGUCCGUACUGCUUACCCCUGAGGGAGACCCGGAUGCACUUGACAUCCCGACUCCGCGCUCCUACGAGGAGGCGAUAGGGGGUCCCUACUCCUCUCACUGGCAGGUAGCUAUGGACACAGAGAUGGCUUCUUGGAAGUCCACACGCACCUACGUUGACGAGGUUCCCCUGCCUGGGGCGAACAUCGUAAGUGGCAUGUGGAUCUUCAGAGUGAAGCGGCCGCCGGGUUCUCCGCCUGUCUUCAAGGCGCAUUACGUGGCUCGUGGCUUCAGUCAGCGGCAGGGAGUUGACUACUUUCAGACCUUCUCUCCCACCCCGAAGAUGACCACUCUUCGGGUACUACUGCACGUUGCUGCUCACCGUGACUACGAGCUGCACUCUCUCGACUUUAGCACAGCUUUCUUGCAGGGCAGCGUGCACGAGGAGAUCUGGCUGCUCCGCCCACCUCGCUUCACUGGGUCGUUCCCUCCUAGUACCCAGUGGAGCCUCCGGCGCUUCCUGGACGAUGACACGUAUGCAGGCGUUGCUGGUCAAAACCCUGAUGACGUGUUCAGUUUCGAUGACGUGCGAAGAUGCUCUCCGAAGCUUCUAGUGGCGGGAAGGAGCUCCCGCGCUUCAAGCUGGGAAUAG